GAACAACAUUCUUGAGCUGGUGUUCCAGGAUCUGGACAAGUACCUGAAUGAGUCCACAGAGGGUGCUAUCCUGUUCUCGAUGGGUUCGGUGAUCCAGUCCUCCUCCUUUCCUCCCGCCAAGAGACAGGCUAUCAUGGACGUCUUCGCAGAGUUGCCAGUCCGUGUCGUCAUGAAGUGGGAGGACGACACCCUGCUGGGGAAACCUGACAAUGUACGGCUCAGCAAAUGGUUGCCCCAACGAGACAUCCUGGCUCAUCCGAAAAUCGUUGCAUUCAUGGGACACGGCGGCCUGCUGUCCACCAGUGAGGCGGUGUACUGCGGGAUCCCCAUGGUGUUGAUCCCCAUGUUCGGCGACCAGCCCAAUAACGUGGCCCAACUCGCUGCCUCUGGGGUAGCCGUGAAGCUGGCAUAUAACGAGAUUACGAAGGAAACAGUGUUGAAGGCUCUGCGUGCAGUUUUGUAUGAUUCAAGGUACAGAGAAAGUGUAAAACUUCUGUCAGAGCGAUUCAGGGGCAGACCAAUGUCUCCACUGGACACGGCGGUUUAGUGGACAGAGUAUGUUCUGAGACACAAGGGUACCCGCCAUCUCCGCUCUGCAGCUGUGGACAUGCCAUGGUACCAACUUUGGCUGCUAGAUGUCGCGUUAGUGCUGUUGGCUGGCCUAGCCUCUGUACUGUUUUUGGUGUUCUGGCUCGCUCGCCGAGUCGCAAAAUUUCAUCAGCCGUCGG